GACUCGCUCAUGGUCGUCGACUUCGCGACGACGUGGUGCGGCCCGUGCAAGGUCAUGGAGCCGAAGAUGAACGCCAUGAGCGAGGAGUACACCGACGCCAUCUUCUACAAAGUCAUCGGCGACAGCAGCGCCGAGGCGAGCAGCCUCAUGAAGCGGGAAGGCGUGCGGGCCGUGCCCUCCUUCCACUUUUGGAAAAAUGGCGAGAAGGUCGACGUCGUCAACGGCGCCAACAUCGAGGCCGUGACGUCCAACGUACAAAAG